GGAAUACCUUCGAGUUAAAUAAGUAUCGAGCUGUACCGAAAAACAACGAGUCUACACGAUACUGAGUCGUGUUCGGCUAAUCUUACUUUCUGUUUUGCAGCUGGUCUUCUCUUCAGUUCAUGUCAAACGUGGGGAGGUGGACGUGCUGUUCUCACGCUUAGGAUGCGUGUCUGAGUACAUACAAAUGAAUGAGUGUUUAUGUUUGAAUUGUACAUGGAUAUGAGACUGAACCACGGGUCGAAACACAAGAAAUAGUCGAUAGUCCCUUCCUUGUGAAAAUUCGACGGCAUCGAAUUGCAUCCGGGCGAAACUGUGAAACGUGUAAGCGGCACUGUCCAAGGCAAACAACAGUGGUGCUGUGGGAUUUGUUCUUAUUUUUUGUCGGACAUUGUGGUUUACAGCUCAAAUUGGACUUAUUCGGACGAUCUUGCUGUUAAAUUUUGUUCAAACGACGAUUUUGGAUAUGAAGUGUUUGAUGAGACUACCCUGGGCACGAUGACCAAUUGACCACCGUCCAGUGCCCUUUCCAGAUUUCGCUCCGCCAGCCCUAGCAGCGCUCUCGGCGGCGCUACCAUCAUCGGCAAGCUGGCAACCAGUGCCCUACUUGCUCCCAUGAACCCCCACUACCACUCAUAUGGAGGUACGGAGCUCACAUCCCCUCCACAUCCGCCGUCCCCCGAUAACAACAAUUUCCAUGGACACCCUGGACAAGGAGGAGGACAGCAUCACAAUCGGAUGCAUCCAAGUAACGGGCAUGCCAUCAAUACACUCGGCGUGAACCCGCAUCAUGAUCAACACCCCCACCAGCACCCUCACCACCCCCAUUCGGGCAUCGGCAGCGGCGGUCCUACCCAGGAGGAGCAGAUGCAGAUGCACAACCCCAAUAUAAAUAACAACACGAACAAUAAUAACAAUACAGUGAGGACUUGUUGGGGUUGCGGCGGAAAAAUUCUCGAGAGGUUUCUUUUACACGCGCUUGACCGUUACUGGCACAACGGAUGCCUGAAGUGCUCGUGUUGUGCGGCCAUGUUGGCCGAUAUUGGGACUUCUUGCUUCACUAGGUCGGGCAUGAUCUUGUGCAAACAGGAUUACAUGAGGAUAUUCGGCAGUACGGGGGCGUGCGCAGCGUGCCAUCAGCCCAUUCCUCCAAGCGAAUUCGUGAUGAGGUGCUCCAGUUCUACGCCCCAACAGCCUACUGCGUCUCCCCAAGUGUUCCACCUGAAGUGUUUCUCUUGCAGCAAGUGCGGGGCACCGCUGGUCCCUGGGGAUCGCUAUUACCUCCUUGCCGGAAGCCUGGUCUGCGAGCAGGACUGGACCAAGCUGCUCAAGAGCUCCACGGUGGCGCCAACGGUACGAAAAGGAAAGGUCGGGAGACCUAGAAGGAGUCGAGAUUGAGGUUGAAAAUCAGGAGGGCGUGGACAAGUCAUUGAGCACAGCUACAAAAAGACAACGAAGACAGCACCCUACGAAGUGCGCGCUAUUUAACGGAAGUCGAGGUUUCUGAGCGGACAACGAACUUUUUCGAGUGAUGAACAAUCAAAGUGUUGGAAGUGCACGGUCUGGACUCGAUAAACUGUAACGAAUAAUCUUUUCAUUGGAAUUGUACAAAUGUUAUGUUUGAAUAAACGUUAUUACAAUCUUUGCUCAGUA